UUUAGCCUUGGAGUUGGAGUAAUAUGUGUUUGUUUGACUAAUUGUGUAAUUUGCGUAACGAGCGUAAAAGCAAGUGGACCCCGAAAUUCCCGAGUUGGGGCGAGUAUCAAAUUCGAUUGAUAACAUCAUAACAAUAAAGCUAGGGUUUCAUCUUUUGGUAGAAUCAACCGAAAUAUUAACACAAAGAAGAAUACAAGAUAAGAGAGGAAUCAAUUCAUAUUAAUCGCCCUUUGUUUAAAGUUUGUUUCUUUUUGAUUUUUCUCUUACUUCAGAUCCCUUUCUACCCUCACUGUUAAACGAUUAGGAAGAACAACCACCAUGGGAAGAGGAAAGUUUAAGGGAAAACCUACUGGCCGCCGCCAAUUUUCUACUCCUGAAGAUAUUCUAGGUGGUGGAACUUCUCGUCCUCGCACAUUUAGACAGAAAGAAGCUGAAGAGGAAGAGGAAGAAGAGGUAGAAGAGGUAGAAGAAGAAUCCGAGGAAGAAUCUGAUGAGGAUACUCAACAAAAGAAGAAAGGUACUCAAGGGAUUAUUGAAAUUGAAAACCCAAACUUGGUGAAGCCAAAGAACAUAAAGGCUAAGAAUAUUGAUCUCGAGAAAACAACUGAGCUUUCAAGACGUGAGAGAGAGGAGUUGGAAAAACAGAGGGCUCAUGAAAGGUACAUGAAGCUGCAAGAACAAGGGAAAACAGAACAAGCAAGAAAAGAUUUAGAGAGGCUUAAACUAAUUCGUGAGCAAAGAGCAGAAGCUGCUAAGAAGAGAGAGGAAGAGAAAGCUGCCAAGGAGCAAAAGAAAGCGGAAGCUCGCAAAUGAUCAUCUUAGACACCAAUGAUAAUUAUAGUACAAAUCUCUUUGAAAGUUAUAUAUUAAUUUAAAUGUCUUUAAUUUCUGCACAAGUAUACCCAAAAUUGUGCCAGUUGUGACAACUGUAUACUUUUUUCGUUUAGUUUGAAUGUGGACAUUGUUUAUUCA